GCUUUGUAAUUGGCUCAGGGAGAGAUUUCCGGCUUUCGCUUCUCGUCCGAUUCGUUAACGCUUCUCCCACCUCCGCUUCCUCCCCCUGUCUUCCUUCUCGUCCGCCUCCUGUUCUGCUCGCUCUCUGUCUCUGUCUGCCUCUUUCUGUCUCUCCAACCCUCCACACCUCCCCCGCCUCCGUUCCGACCGGCACACGCCCCAUGAUUGGCUGAGCCUCGCCGGCGCAGGGCCGCAAUUGGAUCGGCGUGGCAGACCGGCGCUGAGCUUGCGCUGGUGAUGGAGGGAGCGCUGUUGAAAUGGACCAACUAUCUUUCAGGUUGGCAGCCACGAUACUUUGUAUUAGAAAAUGGCAUCCUCUCCUAUUAUGACUCUCAGGACGAUGUGGGCAAAGGCAGCAAAGGCAGCAUCAAGAUGGCUGUAUGUGAAAUCAAAGUGCAUGCAACUGAUUCUACUCGUAUGGAGUUGGUCAUCCCAGGUGAGCAGUACUUCUACUUGAAGGCAGGAGGUGCUGCUGAAAGACAGAAAUGGCUGGUGGCUUUGGGCAGCUCCAAGGCCUGCCUCGGGGAUAGCAGAAGCCAGAAAGAAAAAGAUCUGGACAUAAGCAACGAGUCCCUCGGAAGAAAACUGUCUGAACUGCGUUUGUAUUGUGACGUGCUGACACAGCAAGUGCUAGCUGUGCAGGAUGCAACACAACCUCAAGAGAAUGGAUCUCCUUUGGACAUCCAGAUGAAUGAAGCUUCGUCUUUAUUACGGGCAACUUGCAGUCAGUUCAUCUCCACCCUAGAAGAAUGCAUGAAAUUUGCAAAUACUCGUUUGGCUCCUGAGUUGUAUCAUCCUUCAACGAUCCCCGAGCCUUCUGAUUUUGUAGGCACUAAACUUCCACAUUCCCACCGGGUUAGACGUUCUAUGAGCCACACAGGCAUAGUUUCCUCAGACAGAGUACUGGAGUCAGCUCGGAUCCCCCCGGUGCCUCCCAAGGGCACCGAGACUGUGCUGCGCAACUUGGAGGAGAUGGUGGUGUUCUGCUCACAGCAGUGGGGGCAGCCAGGCUCCCAGUCUGGGAGUCCCCCCAGCACCAUAACUGAAGAAGCCGUCGCUAGAAGCCACCACCAGAUAACUGCAUGAGAUUGACCUGGGAGGGAAAAAGCAGUGAGUUGAUAAACCAUUGUUGGUUCAGGACUUCCCAGUGGACUCAGCUGGUGGCAACCGAUCAGCGUAACCUGGAUUUUUUGGUGCUUUCUCAGCUCCUGGAAUCAGCUCGGCUGCUCUUGAACUGAAACAGUCCGUUGGGGGCUUCCUCCUCUAGCUUAGGAAUUACCUAAACUUUCUGGGUAUGGGCUCCUGCAAGACCAGCAGGCACAAAGAGCCAGGUACCAGAGGCGGCAUCCGUUCUGUUUUUUUCUGGCUUGUGCUUGCCAGGGGUUGGAGAAUGCAACCCAUAUAUUCCAAAAUAGAUGCUGGCACCUAGGGGAUGGGUUGGGAAGAAGAAUAGGGAUUAGCUCUCCAGGCUAGGUUGGUAGGAAAGAAGAGAUUGCUCUCAAAAAACAUAUAGGACGAUUAGUAAUUUCAUACCGGACAAGUUAAGCAACCGUUCUCCUGGCGCUCCCCCAAAUGUCUUACGUUUGCAUUCGGCCAUCCGAGAUUUGAGUCUGUAGAAGGACGGCUUUUUGCAGAGGCAGAACAGAAAUCUUCUGUCGGGCAACCCUGCUAGUGUUUUGCCUUCUGAUAAUUGGAUGGGGGAAGCCUUUUGGCCAGGAAUUCAGUCUAGAUGCAAGCAGGGGAGAUCUUGGUGAGCUCCACUUCUUUUCUUAGCAGGAGUUUUCCUCCCUCAAACUUGGACUUCCCCACAGAGCUUGCUGACUGGGAUAGAGGAGUCCCUCAGAGCUCAUCAGAAUGCUCCUUGGUUCCUUGUAGAGCACCAUAGAGCAAAUGUCCAAGGUAACCGGAAAAGCAGCCUCUCUGGACAUCUGAUCUGAAAGUGAAGUUUGGUUCCCUCACGUAUCAGUCGCUUGCCUUUUGCAUAAAAGGGGUGAAGUCUUAGUCUUUCGGGAAUGCCUGCCCUCUUUUUUUUUUUUUUUUUUUUGUACAGACACAUGGCAGCCUUGUGGGCAUCUGCGUACACCUCUGUUUGGAGCUCGCUUUCUCUCACAGGAAGAGCCCAGCCAAGGACGAGACUCUUAAUUUUGAAAAUGAAGACUUUAAUUUUGAAAUGAACGCAGUGUGACUGGCUAUAUGUUUUUUUCCCCUGUGGGAUGGAAGUUGGCACCACUGGGGUUUUCUGCCAGAAGCAGAGCCAAAAACAAAACAGCCUCUUUCGGGCUUGCCUGAUAUAGACACAGCAAACAAGGCGAAACUGCAUGUGGUCUCUCACCUGCAAUACGGUGAAGGAAAAAAAAAUGAGUUCAGGAACACCUGGAACUAAUCCCUGUCUGUCCCGAUGAACAGGUGGUUGCAGUUUUAUAUAAAGACUUGUCGCAUCACUGAAGCCCAGUGCAAAACUGAGAGGCAGGUGACUCAUAAUGGCAGAAACAAACUGGGAAACAGCAGGGCGCUAUUUCUGGCUCUCCUACUGUCCCCCCCAUCCCCCCCCCUUGAAGAGAUGUCUUGUUUGACUUGUGUUUAAUUUCUUUCCUGGGGCAUUUUAUGUAAUUAAACAAGGGCUAGAUUUUUCUGGAGGUUUAAUUCUAGUUACCUGAGCAAGAAUCCACCACUGUGUACUCAAAGCCAGGUAUCCUGUUACUUUUUUGAGCAUCCCAGGAAGGGUGAGAAGCAGUUUGGGGUAAUGGUUAAGGCAUCAGGCUAGAAACUGGAGGACUGUGAGUUCUAGUUCUGCUUUUAAGCACAAAGCCAGUUGGGGACCUUGGGCCAGUCCUUCUCUCACAGCCCUAGGAAAGAGGCAAGGGCAAACCACUUCAGAAAAUCUGGCUAGGAAAACUACAAGGACUUGUCCAGGCAGCCACCAGGAGUUUACAUUGACUUGAAGGUGCCCAUGCACGCACACACACAUGCGCACACACAAAGGGUAGAAAAGAAAUUCCUACAAAGGGGACAACCUUCUUUUGCCGCAAACUACAAGCAUUGCCCAUUGGCAGUGUGCUCAGGUGGCAUAGCGCCAUGUUGUGUAAUGGAGCAGAACACCCAAGAAUUAUGACAUUAAAGGAAAUGAUGGCCCCCAGAUCUCACAAGAUACACCAAGACUUGUACAGUUUAAGCGAUUUUGUCGGUAUUUUUACUUGAAAUCUUGUGAAAUCUCAUAGAAGAGCCAUUAAAUCUUCUAUUAGGAUAGGUUAAUUUCGCAAGAUCCCAUCUUGUUAUUUGAUUUUAGGAGAGUGCUGGUGUCUUGACUAAGCCUGACCAAGAGUUGAGGUGGUCAGCAUUUGGACAGCUCCUCGUUUAAGAGCUAGGAAAUAUGUGCAACACUAGUUUCAAAAGAAGGAAUUGUUCAUGAAAUGUUUGUGUUCAGUAUUUAUAUAUUGGAGCUCUCUUAAUGCCAGUUUCCUUCUUUUUUAUUUGUCUAUCUUUAUAUGACUGCGCAUCUCACAAAGAGGGGCUCUGGAUAGUUACAAUGGAAUAAUAAAAACAAUAAAUUAAAAAAAAUAGUAUUUUUUUAAAAAAUUAAAAAUCACAAGGUGUAAGAGACAAUAGAUGUUAAUAGCCACCUCAAGAUCUCACCAGUUCCCUGGAACUACCAUUUUUACAAAAAAUUAUAUCCAGGGGUAUUCUAAGCAGGUCUGGCCCUGGUUCAUUCUUAGAUGGGCAUUUAUCAUGAAUACUUAGGCUGAACAAAUUUUUUUAAAAAAAUAUGUCCUGAAAGGAGAAAGUGACAAACCAUUUCCAAAUGUUUCCAAGAAAAUUAGGUAGGUCUGUGAAGUUAUCUAAAAUGAUGCUGGACCCAAAGGUGAUGGAAUGGAAUGGAAUAGAACAGAAACUUUAUUGUUACUUUGAAUGUACACUAAUCGGCAUAUAUUAAAAUGAAAAUUUGUCACAUAUAGGUCUCAAAGGGUCACCACCUCCAAUAUACAUGGCAUGAACAUGACAAAAUAAAUAAAUACAAAAUUAUGUAUAUACCCAUAUAUGUUAUAUGACACAAAGAAACAACACAGUCUAGUUUGGAUGUAUACAUGUAGAUGACAAGAAAAACGAAUCUUGCGAGUUUACCAGUCAGAUGGCAUAGGGAACAAAGCUGAUUUGAUUUUACUUUCUAAAGGAGUAAGGAGAAUUUCGCACAGUACAGGUAGUCCUCAAUUUACAACCAUAAUUGAGCCCAAAAUUUCCAUUCCCAAGCAAAAGAGUUGUUAAGUGACUUUUGCCCCAUUUUACAACCAUUUUUGGCACAGUUGUUAAGUGAAUCACCACAGUUGUAAAGUUACUAACAUGGUUCUUAAGUGAAUCAGUCUUCCCCAUUGAAUUUGUUUACCAGAAGGCCACAAAAAGUGAUCGUAUGAUCCCGGGACACUGCAGUCAUCAUAAAUACAUGCCAAUUACCAAGCAUCCAAAAUUUGAUCACAUGGUCACGUGGAUGCUGCAAUGGUUGUAAAUGUGAAAAAUUCUUUUUUGUUGUGGCCCAUCAGCGGCCUGUGCAGAUUGUAGCACCUCGUUCCGACAACGAGGAGGCUGGUGUGCUGCGCCAGCAGCCUGUGCAGCUGAUGCUCAAGUCAGACAAUGAGGAGGCUGGAGAAGAUGUGGUGCCAGAAGCAGGGAUUCAGCCAGGGCCUUCAGAACCUCCAGAAGCUCCUUUAAGUGAAGAGGACGAAGAGGAGGAGCCUCUUAAUGCAUAGGCGCACAGAGCUGCCAAAAGGAGGAGGUCUCCUCAAGAGUAAGGCUUGGGGCUAAUUGGCCACUCCCUUAGCCUAUUUAAGGAGGAACGCCGCUUGCAGCAAGCUGUAGGGAACAACUUUAGUUCAAUCUCCUUCGCGUCUGGAUUCUCCGCAAAAUUGUUUCUGCGCUUUCUGCCAACUCUAGUAAGACUGUGAUUACCUUAUCUUAGAAUUCUGGUAGGCUGUUAAGACAGUUUAUUAACAGCCUUUGGUUGAUAAAUACUAAGUUAUUUGAGUAAAAUAAGCUUUGAAUA